AUACCCAGAGGCUGCUGCCGCCUCGCCGAGUUCCUGUGGCUGUCGCGACUCGGAGUAUGGGACACUGAUGGCCAUGGAUGGCUACAGGGGCUUCCUGGGGCUGCUGGUGUCGGCGCUGCUCGUCGGCUUCCUGUCCGUGAUCUUCACCCUCAUCUGGGUCCUCCACUACCGAGAGGGGCUCGGCUGGGACGGGAGCCCGCUCGAGUUUAACUGGCACCCGGUGCUGGUGGUCACUGGCUUCGUCUUCAUCCAGGGCAUCGCCAUCAUUGUAUACAGACUACCGUGGACCUGGAAAUGCAGCAAGCUCCUGAUGAAAUUAAUCCAUGCAGGGUUAAACGCCGUUGCAGCCAUUCUUGCAAUUAUUUCUCUGGUGGCUGUUUUUGAUUUCCACAAUUCCUUCAAAAUCCCCAAUAUGUACAGUCUACAUAGCUGGGUUGGAUUGACAGUUGUCAUAUUCUACAUCUUACAGCUUCUCCUAGGUUUUUUCAUCUUUCUCCUUCCCUUGGCUCCACUUUCUCUCCGAGCAUUUCUCAUGCCCAUACAUGUUUAUUCUGGACUUCUCAUCUUUGGAACCGUGAUUGCAACAGUGCUUAUGGGAGUGACUGAGAAACUGAUAUUUACCCUGAAAACGCCUGCCUAUAGUACGUUGCCCCCAGAAGGCGUUUUCGCAAAUAUCCUCGGCCUUCUGAUUCUGGUGUUCGGAGCCCUCAUCUUUUGGAUAGUCACCAGACCACAAUGGAAACGUCCUAAAGAACCGAAUUCUACCCUCCUUCAGCCCAACGGAGGCACUCCAGAGGGCGUGGAAGGCUCCAGAGCAAUCAACUUUGGCAACAUGGACAAAUCAGAUUCAGAGUUAAACGAUGAAACAGCAGCGAGGAAAAGAAACGUUGCCCUUGACGAUGCUGCUCAGAGAUCCACCAUGUAAAAUGUUGUAGAGGUGUAGCCUUGUAACUUCGCUUUUAAAAACUAGCUCUGCAGUUUAGCAUCUGCCUUUUAGCCAUGAGAUGAUUGAGCUCCAUAGAGUUGUUUUAAUCCUGAAGUAGAUUUUCUCAAAAGAGUAUGUACUGAGUGAGACCUAUGAACUUAGCUGAACCGGAAAGGAGGUGGUUGAUGUAAACGAUUCUAGCUGUAAACUGUGGUUCUGUUACCUGUUGUCGAGGGCCAAAGCCUCCUGUGCCGUGCAGAGAGCAGAUGCUCAAAAUGUGUCUGUUGUUUGGCAAACCUGAUAAAUUGGCAGCCCUGAAAGUUUUUCCAAAACUCAACUUAGUCCCAAGGCUUCCCUGGCGUUUGGCAUAUUUUAUGAUCCAGAUUCCAAACUUAAUUAGAUGGGAAUAUGCCUGUAUUCUUAAGCAGCGUGAACUGCUCUACAAAUCCCAAAGAGCACUUUCCUCAAGUUUCUGUUUUUAUUUUUUAAAAGUACUCGCAUGGCACUUGCUAUGUGCCAGAACUAUUCUAAGCACUUUAUAAAUCUUAGCUCAUUCAGUCCCUGGACAAACCUUGAGAGGCAGGGACUAUUAUUAUCUCUACUUUACGGAUCAGAGAUCUGAAGCUUGAACGGUUAGUAACUUGCCUCAAAGUCGUAAGUGGUGGAACUGAAAUUCAAAACCUGCUAGUCCGGCUCCUCAGUCCACGAGUCUAACCACUCCAUUAGGCUAUUUUUUUUCUGAUUUAUACUAAUUUGCACCUACUUUGACUCUCCCCUGAAUAGAUUUCAACUGCUGGAGUGCAGUGGAGUUGUUAAUGUUUACCUUUUGGCUCUUUUUCCCAAGGUAGAUUCCUCAGGUCACCAAGGAAAUACAUCACAGACACCCUCACACUGCCCCAAGUCACAGGCUGCCCUGAUGCCUCUUUGUGCUUAAAGUUGUGUCUUGAUGACAAAGAAAAGUUUGGACAAGAACAUGUAUGGCUUUCAGGAUAAUAAGUUACAACUGUUGUUCUUCACAAUCUUAGCUGCUGAACAGUUUUGGGUUUGAAGACAGGGGAGUCUUACCUCACGGCCUGCCCUUCCUGGGGGUGGUAGUUAGGGGCCUUCCAGAUCUGGGUGGAAUUUUAGGGGAUAUCUUGAACUUUGUGUUCUUGGUAGCGAAUGGAGCCUCAGAGGUGACAGCCUUCGUGCCCGGAGACCUUCUCUUGGCUGACUUAAAUUCAAACCUAGAGGACUGCCUUGUUGAAAUGAUGUUUUUCAUUUUGGGGUCGGUUUUUGGUUUCCCUGCAAUGUUAAAGUGGACUAUUUUAAUGUGGAUAAAUACCUUAGAGUUUUACACCAAAUACACUUGACUUUUUUUGGUGUUUAGUGGAUUUCCUUUUAGGAUAACUGGGAAUUACUUCCAUAGAUUGCAUAUUGAAUAUACUCCAUCACAUCCCUUAAGCUUCAUGGAUAACUGUUCAAGACUCCCUUGCCAAAACACUGUCUUCUUCUUAUGGAAUUCUCUUUCCAAAAUUGGUAGUACUGUCAGAAGGACUGCUAGUGCCUGGCUCAAUCCCUGGCAAAUAGUAGGCACCAUUCAAUUUAAAAUCAGUAGAGCAGACUAUAAUUUUGGUGCUAAGUUGGAGAAAUUCCAUUGUCACACAGAAACAUUUGAAAAAGGGAUGUUUCAUUACAUGGCGAGGCACAGAAUUCCAGGAGAUUUUUUGGGGGGAGAGGUCGGUGACUGCCUCAAAAAUUCAAACUUUCAUUCCAUUUUAUAUAGGCCAAGAUAGGUUAUCACUGAAAAGUUAAUUAUGGACUUGGUGCUAUACUGUUGUGCUCCAUUUUAAAGUAUUUGAGCACCCCUCAUCUCAGCCCUUUAUUUUAUCAUCCCUGUGGGCUGAUGUUUUGGUAAUCUUACAGAUACUAUAGGAUCUUCUCUUUCUUUCUCAGCCUGAUUAAAACAAUGCAUAAUAAAAUAUGCCCAGGAAAACUUUCUGUUUGAGUCUUUUAAUGCGCAUUCUAUUCUAAUGAUAAUUGCACCUUUAUUUUUCAAGAGCUAAUAUUUGCUACCUAAACCAUCUCCCCCAAAAAAUCUCAUUAAAAAGCCCACAAACAGAAUAGGGGAGAAGAAAGCUUUAAGUAUCAAUUUCAAAACAGUGACUGAUUUCUCCACAAAUAAUUAUAGUUUAUAUCGUCUGCAGAGAUAACCUGGCUUGGCUUACCCCACCCAUAAUCUAAUUUCAGGAGGAAAAAAGCUUUAUUUUAACACUCAUAUAAGUCAACACUAACACCUUUUCUCUGCAAGGAUUUCUUGAGAAACUCGAAUAUGUGUUUUGAUUUAAUGCUAUCAAAAGUUUACAGCUUCCUAUGCUCCUGUGUCAAACUGAAUUCCCUCUCCAAAGCACUUUCAUUCCUUUCCUUGUGUGCUUUCGUUUCAGCUGUGACUGUUAGAAACAGCCUCUCAGACCUUACAACCAAAUGACAAAGAAGGCGAUGGCACCUUUUAAAAAAUACUGACAAGUGGUUUCUGUUUCUAAAGGACAAAAUAAAGAGGAUGUCUUGUUUUUAAUUAGGCUAUUUUCCCCACUGAGUUGGAAAUUCCAGUGCACUACUGGUUGACCACAGCUGCCAAAUCUAAAAGCUCAAAGAAGAAGUAGAGCUUUAUGCUAAUUUUAUGGCAAUAUAAUAGAAUAUUUAUCUUGGCCUGUCCUUUUUUCAGAUAAUUCCAACGGAAAACUGUAACUGCCAUCUCUUAGAGCUGCACAUAGAAAAGUAUAGAAGAAAGACAACUAUUAUUCUUUAUUCCCUAUAAAGUUCCUGGAAAAAAAUUCUAUAUUUGAAUGUGUCUUUUUGUCUCAGCACAUUUAUGGAACAAUAUUAACUAGCCUGAAUAUUUUAAAAUUUUGUAGAAGAA